AUGGCUCAACCCUCCGCCCCAGCCGCCAAGGUGCCACCGCCAAACGCACGGCACGCCCACCUCGCCACCAUCCCCGAGUACUCGACCGCCCGCGUCCAGUUCCUCUACUCGUCGCUCCCCUCGCGCAAGCACUCGAACCCGACCGGCUACUCGUCCGCCCUCGCCUGGUGGCGCAAGACCCUCACCGACCUCGUACACCGCGGCCUCGUCGGCGACGACAAGCUCUCACUCCACGUCGACGACCACCUCCGCGAGCACCUCCGCUGGGACUCGGUCGGCCGCCCUUCUUCCCUCGGCGUCAUCAUCGCCGAACUCGUCCACUCGUCCGACCUCGUCCCGCGCUCGACCUACCUCGCGUCGCCCGCGCCUCAAGCCUACGGCGUCGCGUCCCUCCUCGCCCGCCCCUUCUGGUGGGGUCUGUCCAAGGUCUGGGGCAGCUCGGACGGCGUCGAGCUCGGCGAGGGCGCCGAUGAGAAAGAGUGGGCCAGGAGGAAGGGCGACUAUGUCCUCCCGGACCUCGUCGAGAAAGCCGCCUCGACCUUGAUCCCCCUCCUCCCCGACCUGCACCCGACCGCCCUCUCGCGCCUGUACACGCUCCGCACCUUUCGCGACAAGCUCGGCGCACGGUGCCUCGCCGGCGUCACCCUGUCCGAGGCCGACUGCGAGGUGCUCGCGACGUACCUCGCGAGGAAGGGCGAGUGCGCGUUUGACGGCGAGGUCAUCAAGUUUGCCGCGCCUCACUCGACGCAGUCCACGCCGCUCAUCAUCACCGACGCCGACCGCUCAACCCUCACCCUCUCGGCCUCGCUCGCCUCGCUGUCGCACUCGAUCGACGCCCUCUCGACCCUCAUCGCGACCGAGCGCGACAAGGCGGCCGAGCUCGUGCGCGCUAAGAAGCCCGUCGCGCUCGUCAAGGCGCACCUCGCCAACCGGAGGAGGGCCGACAAGCUGCUCGAGGAGAGGGUCGGGCAGCGGGCCAAGGUCGAGGAGGUCGUGUGGGCGAUCGAGCGCGCAAAGGGGGACGAGGAGACGCUCUCGGCCCUGUCGCUCGGCGCGUCGACCCUGCGCGCCGUCCUCUCGUCGCCGACGCUCCAGCUGUCCAACAUCUCGGCAACGACGUCGGCGCUCGACGACGCCCUCAUCUCGGCGGCCGAGGUGACCGAGGCCGUCGAUGCCGUGUCGGCGGGACAGCUCGGCGCCGAGGGCGAGGACGAGGUCGACGAGGAGCUGAGGGAGAUGCAGGAGGCCGAGCGGGCGAGGGUCAAGGCGGAGGAGGACGAGCGCGAGCGGGACAGGGUCGGAGAGGCGAGGGCCAAGCUCGACGUGAGCAAGGUGCCGCAGGGCGAGGCGGCGGCGAGGGCGACGGCCAAGCAGGACGGCACCGAGGCCGAGGGGAAGAAGGAGGGCGACAAGGUGGCGCUCUCGGCGUGAGCUCGUCGGCUCGCUCGGUUCCUCUC